AUGCCCGAUGAAGCAUCGUACCAGGUGUUCAACUAUGUGGCGGACUGCUUCAUCAGCGUUCCGGUUGCCGGUCGCGACGAGGAGAAUACGUGCGAGUACGUCUGCCGCUGGGUUUGCCAGCAGUUGAAAAUCAAACCAGUGGUCUUCGCGCUCGUCGGGUUGCGAAUCCAUGGGGAAAAAUGGUUUCUGGCCGGAUGCAGCCGUCCGCCAACGGACAAGAAGUACGAUUUUCGACUUCGCUUCAAGGUUCCCGAUCUGUCCUGCCUAAAAGCGCUCGAUCAAGAGCUCUUCAACUACUACUACAGCCAGCUACGGUACGAUCUCCUGCACAACCGCAUCCCGGAGAUCGAUUACCGCAAGUACAAGAACAAAAUACUCGGCUACGUCGUAAACGAUAUGUACCGGAAGAUGAUCGAGGACAAGAUCGGUCUGAAUGAGCUGAAACGCGACUUCGAGAAGUACAUCCCGCGAAAGAUUAGCCGGGAGCAUUCGGUUUGUUUCGUCAAUGUUGCCCAAAAGCGAAUAUUCGAAUCACUCAACUCGAUCCAGAACAGGGAUCAUGAUGUGAACUACGUGAAGAACGUCUAUAUCAACGAUAUCGAUAACAUCGCACCGGGCUAUCUGUAUGAGGAGUAUGCCGCCGAAAUUCAGUAUCCGAGAGGCGAGUUCAGUUCGCGAACUGGCAAGUGUCCGGUAAAGCUACGGUUUCAACCUUACGGUACGACUCUGUCCACACGCGACACCACCAAGUACGGUUCUACCGGCGGUGGACUGGAGCGAACGUUGGAGCAUGAAGAUGCCACGACCACACCCGGACUGAAGGUGUUUUUUGCCAGCAAGUGGCAACAUGUGACGAACAUCGAUGAAAUACUCACCAUACUGGUGGAAAAGUUGACGGUGAAACUCGCGCUGGAAGACCAGUCGGAACCGUACUGUAUAGACUUUCACGAUCAGACUGAAUUGAACUCUUUCGUAACCUGUCUAGCCGGUUACUAUAGGUUAAUGUGCAAAUGGACCGUGUAUCUAUGUCAGGAUUAUCUUUCCUCGCCGAUGCUCAACUUGCUGAAGGAACUCAAGUGCCACGGGCCCAUCGGCGGAAAAUAUUCCACUGACAAAAUUCGGGAAAAGAAUAGCAGCUGCGGCGCUUGCAUCAUUCGGCAGUGCGAGGAGCAGUACGGUACCUAUUAUGUCGAUAUGCUAGAAACUGAUGGACUGAUAAAAACGUACCAGCUUAUCCACACUGAAGAUCAAUGGCACGCGAAGAACGAGAAGGAAGAGCAGGUGUACCGAUACAACCAGCUGACAGAAGCGCUGAAGAGCCUCAACUCAGAGAUAACGAGCGUCUAUCGAUUGCCGCCGUCAGACAACGAUACCGCACCAAAUCUGUUACUUUGCCGACCGACCGUAAAGUCCUCCCCGAAGCGUUUGUUGCGUGGUGGUACGCAGGAACUUGGACAAAAGAGGGCCUGUAUCAUCAAUGCCGCCAAGGAACUAGUUAUCAAUCGCUCUCCCGUGGAAGACGAAAGCGAUGGUUUCACGAAACGUACGCGUGCGGAAUUUUUGCUGCCAAACAAUAGCAAGAUGGAGGUGACACUUAAAUUACUCAAAACCGAGAAGGAGGGAGAAUAUCUUAAGGAUUUUUUGCAGGUGGCCGGCCAGUGGGCAACGAUCGAUUCGAUUGAUAUCAUUAAGCUUUACGGUAUGACCGUAUGUAAGCCGAUCACAAUGGUAUUAGAAUAUCCGCGUUACGGUCGGUUGGAUGAGUUUCUGCGAACGCGUCGCACCACGGUACGACCGUCCGCGUUGAUCGAGAUAGGCCAGUCGCUUGCCCGUGCUCUGUACUAUUUGCAGAAACACGGCAUCGUUCAUGGGAACAUUCGGUGCUCGUCCAUGAUGGUCACCCAGUACGAUGAUGGGGAACAGCGCGUCCUGGCCAAGCUCGGCGAUCCGGGCAUGCACGGACAGCGCCGGUUGACGAAGCACGAUCUUCUGUGGAUACCUUACGAGUAUCAGGAUCUCAGCGAAAAGAGUGCUGCCAACUUGCGGCAAGAUCCGGCCACGGAUGUGUGGGCCUGUACCUCGACGCUGUGGGAAAUAUUUAGCCGAGGCAUCAAGAUGCACGUUUACAAGCCGGCUGAAUUUCUACCCUCGCGCAAAUGGCUCCAGACGAUGCCACCGGAGCUGAAGGAUUCAAAGCAGAUCUACGAAUGUUUGAGCUGUGGCUGGCAUGCGGAUCCUGACAAGCGCAUUGCACCUCAAACGAUCGUGGGACUGUUGGUACAUGCACGUCAACUAGAUGGCAACUAUUGUACGGUAGGAAAUGGGCACGUUAACGGUCACUCGACAAGUAACAUGCUGAAUGGAUCUGUAUUCAAAAAUAGUAUCCUAUCAAUGGAAACGAAUUCCACACUGGUUCGAUCGCGCACCGACUGCACCUCUUCAUCGUAUGUCAGCAACGGAAGUGACAGUGAGCUGCGUAGCAAUGCGUCCAGUGGAAGCAGUUCACUUCCACUACUGUCAAAUCCCAUCAGUCGUUUCAGUGGCGACUCGUACUACGAGAAAACUUUUGUUAACUGCUCCGACUAUAUAGAGCUUAGCAGCAGCGAACGAAUCUUCUUCCAUAACAUGCUUGGGGAAGGCAAUUACGGGCGCGUGUAUCGUGGAACGUUCGAGCGAGACAACCAGGCACCGAGGCAGGUCGCACUUAAAACGAUCUACGACGAUCGACCCGACCUGGGUCGUGUGAGAGAUGAUUUUAAGCGUGAGGUUGACAUCAUGAAAAGCUUACGGCACACCAACAUUGUGGAGUUUAUCCGUUUUUACGAGGAGCAAGAUAAACUGAUUGUGGUGAUGGAGUACGUACCCAUGGGUUCACUACUGUUGUACCUCGAGUACAAGCGACACAGUCUGAAGGAACCAGAUCUGCUAUGGAUGGCACGGGAUAUUGCAAAUGGUAUGCAUUAUCUGUUUGAGAAGAAGAUAGUCCACCGUGAUCUAGCGGCACGUAACAUUUUGGUGGAGAGCAAGAAGUGCGUGAAGAUAUCGGACUUUGGCCUGGCACAAGUUACCGAGGGUAGCAACUACUAUGUAGCGCGACAUAGCCGCGAACUACCGAUACGCUGGUACGCACCGGAAACGCUCGAAACGCAGAAAUAUUCCUUCCAAUCGGACGUCUGGUCGUUCGGUGUGACAUUGUACGAAAUGUUCACUUACGGCAAUACGCCCUAUGCACACGUGGACGUGAAGAGUGCGGCGCAGCUGUAUCAAUUGUUGCAGCGUGAGACUAAAAUAUUACAACUUCCAGAACCGUUUCCGUACGUGUACGAUAAGCUUAUGGCACCUUGCUUUAAGCGGAACCCACACGAGCGGAUGACCUUCAGCGAGCUGCUGGAGGAACUGAACGACAUGAUAAAUCAGUAUGGUGAACCAAUUAAUUAG